GCGUAAAGGACAGGAGGUUGAUUUAAGUCGGCACAUGAUUGUGAAGACCGUGGGCUGCACCAGGAAACGGUAAACAACCCCUCGGCAUUUUAUCAUGAUUCGCGAAUUGGUUUUCUGGGGAAAUGAGUAAAGUACUUCUGCGCGGCUAAAACUUGGGAUUUAUCAGCAAUAUCAGUUUGGAACACCGUGGCCGCAGGAAUUGGUUGCACGCGCCAUGGCCGCUCAGUGCGACACUUUGAGCGGAUACUUGCAGCACUCGGAUCCUGGUUCCAACAGUGAGCGGAGUACAGACUCACCCUUACCCCUCUCGGAGGAUGACUCAAGUGGGCCACUUUCCCCGCCAGACCCGGAGUGGACCGAGGAGAGGUUCCGUGUGGACCGCAAGAAACUUGAGAUCAUGCUUCUAGCUGCCAGUGAAGGGAGGAUUAAUGGAGGUGAAGACUUCUUUCAGAAGGUGAUGGAUGAGACAGACACACAGAUUGCCUGGCCCUCCAAACUCAAGAUAGGAGCCAAGUCCAAAAAAGAUCCUCACAUCAAGGUCUGUGGAAAGAGAGACAAUGUGAAUGAGGCGAAAGAGAGAAUCAUGUCAGUCCUCGACACCAAGAGUAACCGGGUUACCCUGAAGAUGGACGUGUCCCACACUGAGCACUCUCAUGUCAUCGGGAAGGGCGGCAACAACAUCAAGAAGGUGAUGGAGGAGACGGGCUGCCACAUCCACUUCCCCGACUCCAACCGCAACAACCAGGCCGAGAAGAGCAACCAGGUGUCCAUAGCAGGCCAGCCCGCAGGAGUUGAGGCUGCCAGGGCCAAAAUAAGGGAGCUGCUUCCUCUGGUGCUGAUGUUUGAGCUGCCUGCGCUGGUGCAGGCCGACCCCAGCUCCCCCGCGGUGCAGCACCUCUGUCAGACCUACAGCUUCACCGUCUCCUUCAAGCCCCCCUCGCGCCUCUACGGGGCCACCGGGGUGGUGCGCGGCUCCCAGAACAAUGCCUCUGCUGUGCAGAGAGGCACGGCCCUGCUGCUGGAGCACCUGGCGGGCUCGCUGGCGAGCGCGGUGGCCGUGAGCACGCAGCUGGACAUCGCGCCGCAGCACCACCUCUUCAUGAUGGGCCGCAACGGCAGCAACGUCAAGCACAUCAGCCAGCGCACCGGCGCGCAGAUCCACUUCCCCGACCUGAGCACAGCCGCGCCGCUCGCCCACCGCAAGUCCACCAUCUACAUCCAGGGUUCCGUCGACGCCGUCUGCCUCGCCAGGCAGCACCUCAUGGGUUGUUUGCCCCUGGUGUUAAUUUUUGAUGUGAAGGAGGACGUGGAGCCCCAGUGUGUCAGUGCCCUCAUGGAACAGCUGGACGUCUUCAUCAGCAUCAAGCCCAAACCCAGACAACCAAGCAAGUCUGUGAUUGUGAAGAGUGUGGAGAGGAACGCGGGGAACAUGUACGAAGCCCGGAAGGUUCUACUGGGCCUGGAAAGCGGAGACUCCACCUCGGCCAGCAUCAACGGCCACUCUCCCUCCUCCUCCAAUGGCCACACCUCUUCACCCACCCUCCUCUGUCCGGUCGGCCUGGACAUCCUCGCCUCAGCUGGCCUGGGGCUGAGCACUCUGGGUCUCCUGAGCUCAGCAGUGGGCCCCGGUCUGAACGGGGCGUCAGCCCCAAACUCGGCCCUGAACGGGUCCAGCGUCGGCGUGGGCUCACCCUCAGGGCCGUGCCCCCCCUCCCUCUGGACCAACGCCCUCACCACCCCGUCCAGCACACAGUGCUUCUCGUCUGCCCUGAUGCUGCACCAGGCGUCCCAGGCGUCUCUGAGCAGCAUCCUGCUGUCUGGAGUGCAGGCCUACACCCAGAGCACCCCCUCCCCCCCCGGCCUCACCCCCAUCCACAAGCCCACCGGCGGAUCUGCCGCAGACUGCCACCUGAACGGCCACGUUAAGCAUCCAGGUUCCGUGUACAGUCGCAUAUCCUCCGCCUCCCUGGCUGAUGUGGUUCUGAGUCCAGCCCACUGUGACCCUGCCCCUCAAUCCAACACACACAACCCGGCAGAACCGCUGUCCAGCAAGUCCAGCUCUGAUGAAGGUUCAGACACGUUUGUUGAGGUGGGCAUGCCCAGGAGCCCGUCUCACUCGGCCAAUGGCAACGACCUGAAGCAGAUGGUGGCCUCCUGCAAGUCGUCGUCAGGAAAACGGCAGACCGUGGAACUGCUGCAAGGCACCAAGAACUCUCACCUGCAUUCGGACUGCCUGCUGUCGGACGCUGACUCCAGCUCCUCAGAGAGCCCGAUGGCAGAUAAGCGGGCUCCUGGCAGCGAGCGGGCAGCGGAGAGGGCAGCCCAGCAGAACUUUGAGCGGAUCGUACUCUCACCACAGUCUGCCACCUAUGCCAACAUGCAGGCCUUUGACUAUGAGCAGAAGAAGCUGUUGGCAACCAAAGCCAUGUUGAAGAAGCCAGUGGUUACAGAGGUGCGGACUCCUACCAACACAUGGAGUGGCCUGGGAUUCUCCAAGUCCAUGCCAGCCGAGACCAUUAAGGAGCUGCGCAGAGCCAACCACAUCUCGUACAAGCCCACCAUGAGCACCACCUAUGAGUCUUCUCCCUCUCUCCUUACCCUCGCUUGUUGCUGGUCUGCAGUGGAGCACUACCUGAGCAGCAGUAACUACAUGGACUGCAUCUCCUCCAUGAACGGCACCAAUGGCUGCUCUCUGAACGCCUCCCUCAAGGGCUCGGAACUGCCGGAGCUUUUCAGCAAACUGGGCCUGGGCAAAUACACCGACGUCUUCCAGCAGCAGGAGAUCGAUCUGCAGACGUUCCUCACACUCACUGACCAGGACCUGAAGGAGCUCGGCAUCACCACAUUUGGAGCGCGCCGGAAAAUGCUGCUGGCUAUCUCAGAACUGAACAAGAACCGUCGAAAACUCUUUGAUCCGCCCAACAUGCGCUCGUCCUUCCUAGAGGGGGGUGCCAGCGGCCGCCUGCCGCGCCAGUUCCACGCUGACAUGGCGAGUGUUAGCGGCCGCUGGUGAGAUCCACACCGCUUGGGCAGUUCCCCAGGUACUGCAACACCCUCACCCCAACCCACCGCCACCCCCCAUCCUUUGCCACCUCAGCGGAGUUCAUCUCAGCCUCUCUGGGACUAUGUAUGCCAGCCUUGCUUUUGUGGGCAGUUCAGCCCAUUACAAAAGGUCUAAUGUGUCAAACAAGGUCCCUGAAGAAAAGGAAAGAAAAAAGGCCUCUAUCUUCUGAUGUCCUUAUUACGGUGCUGUACGUGUUCUAUGUAUGUACGUAUGUAUGAUAAAAAUGAUAAAAGGA